AUUUGCCAAAUAAUGCAAGUAUUCUUCAUUGCAUGUUCAAACCACUUGAUAAUCUCGAGUCACUGCUGUUACAUUCAACCGACCUCAUUGAUUUACCAAGAAAUUUGCUUACCAAUUUUAGAAAGUUACGUAAGCUGAAUCUCCAUGACAAUAGUAUACAUACUUUGGAUCACAGCAGUGAAAUAUUUGGUAAUAUGACAUCCUUGAAAUUUCUAGAUCUCAGUUCUAAUUUGAUUUCAAUCAUGAAUAAGACAUCUCUGCCGUCUACAUUACUAAAUUCAUUGGAACAAAUUAAUCUAGAAGCCAAUCCAUUUUCUUGUACAUGUGACCAAAAAUGGUUUUUGGAAUGGAUUAAGCAAACCAAAACUACGAAUAUCAUGCAUUCGUUCUCUACUGUGAUGCUGAUCGAGAAUGGGGAAAACGUUUUUUUGCGGAAAAUGGAAAAAGAUGAGGGAAUAAAACUAUGCAUUCAUCAAAGGGAUUUCGAUAUUGGAAAACCUAUUACUAGAAAUAUUGACAAAUACCUUCAGAAAAGUUGGAAAGUUGUUGUUGUGAUGUCAAAUAACUUCGCCAAAAGUGAGUGGUGUCAGUGGGAAGUUGACGUAGUUCAGGAAAGGCGACGACGUCAAGGAAAGGGGGUUUUCUUGUUAAUAAUGCUGAAAACAAUUAAUUCAAAGCACAUGACGAGUCCACUGCGUACGUUGCUGGAGAGUACACCUCAUAUAAGGUACCAAACAGGCGUAGGUGAAAACCUGUUUUGGAGAGCCGCCGUAAAGUGCUUAAAAAAACCACUUGGUCAUCCACCAGUAGCAGUUUUGUGA